CAUGAAUGAAAAUGUGAAAAAGAUAUCAAACAUUUGAAUGAAAACACUUGUUGCAACUCAAUUUUCCAAAGGAAAUGUUUGUUUACCAUAUGGAAUACAUUCCUGUCGUAUUUUCUCAAAAACAAAUAAGUUUAUUCAUUCAUGGCGCAUCUGUUACAAAUACAUGCUUUCUGCUGAACUACCAAAACAAACAAACAACAUGAAAUGUGACGAAGAUGAUUUUAUGAAAUGUUGGUGCUAAUUGUAGUGUAUUUUGCACGCGCCCUAAUCCAACAAGAACAAGAACAAGAUGGUAUAUUUGGUUGCGAUGUUCAAACUAUAUCCCGUCGUGGUAGGUUCCGAUUGAUGCAUUUACGCGCUUUUAGUUUGUAGCUAUUUUUUAACCAGUCUGAGCACAUCAACAUUGUCGAAGGAAAACUUGGCCAAUUUGGAAAUGAAUGUCCUGCUGCCUAAACUUCAGGGCGUGGGCCACCAACCGGCCGGGCUGCCCUGAAAUGAGACAUGUCCCGGACUCUGGCCACCGUUCCUGACCAACACGACCAUGGUCGGACCUCGCUGCCGCUGUUGCUGGCGCUGCUGACGCUGACGCUGACCUCCCUGACGGCCGCGGCGCCCAGGGAGCUCGUGCCGUCCGCUGAUGACUCCCUGCGCCCGGUGGAGGGGACCGGGCCGGCCCCCGCGCCGGCAGCCCCGCCACCAGGACCACCGCGGUCGGCGGCGCCGGCGGACGGCUACGUGCGCUCCCGGGACGGCCGGCGAGUGGCUGUGCUGCGGCCUGCCGACCUGCUGCAGUUCCGUCGGCUGGUGGCGCCGCACCAGCGCUGGCCCCAGCCCCAGCCCGGCGGCCAGCGGGUGCUGGUGGCGGUCAGCAGCGCGGCGCUGACGGCCGAGCUGCCCGACCGGCGCGUCACCGCCGAGGACAGUCAGGAGGAGGAGGAGGAGCAGAUCAUGGCGCGACGCUCGAACGUGCGCGCCGUCCAGGAGGAGCUGCUCGAAAAGGCGGUCACCUCGGCCGUGAAGGAGGGCAGGGAGCGCGGAGGACAGGAGAGCGAGGAGGAGGAGGAGGUGGGGAGGAGGGAGGAGGAGCAGAGAGCGGAGGGAGAGCAGCGGACGGACGCGGGCGAUGUCGAGGGCAGCGGGUCUGCCGAGGACAGUGACGCGGCCACUCCGGCUACGCUGCCGCUGAUGCCUUUGGACGAGGAGCAUGACGAAACAGCGACAGAGCCUGCCGAAGAACCGGCCGCAGAAGCAGGGGCGGAACCAGUGCCUGAGCCAGUCGCAGAGCCUGUCGCUGAACAUGUGGAGGAGCCCGUUGAAGAGCCUGUGGCAGCACCAGUCGCAGAGCCGGUCGCGGUGGACCCGGCGCCGGGCCAUCCGGCUCCGUCCGACCCCGAGGCUGGGGUCGCCUCAGGGUCAGCUUCGGACACCGGCAACUCACAGCCGACCGGUGCAGGGUCCAACGGAGACGAGACCAACACCGGCGACGGCAGCGACGCCGACGGUGACGGUGAUGACGAUGACGAUGACGAUGGCCCGGACGCCGCUCUGGCGGCGGUGGUGGCGGGCGCCGCCCUGCCGGCCGCCUCUGUACCCGACUCGGGGUCCUCUGGGUCGGACCCCGAGUGGUCGGGCAGCGGCGGGCCCAGUCGGCCGGUCCCCGGGGUACGGGCGCCCCCCGGCAGCACCCCGGCCGCCGAGACGGUGCGGCGGGAGGCGCGCGGCUCAGCACCCGACCAGCAGCGUCAGCUCAGCACGGCGGAGAUCAGCGCCGUGGCAGUCGGCUGCGUCCUGGCCGCCGCCGCCUUCAUACUGGGCACGGCUCUGGUGGUCCAGAGGACCGGCGUGCUGCAGCGACGGUCCAUUCUCAGCGAACCGCCGCUGGACGACACUCGGCUGAGCUACAUCAACGCUUCGACAGACUUUUCCGUUAGCGAGCUGGGAGACGAGAUGACCAAUCUGGAGAACCUGGACAACGACUCGUUCCUCAACAGUCUGGAGUCGAUGACGGACUCGAUGACGGGGCAGACGUGCUGGAGCAGAGAGGUACGCCACCUGAAGCUGUGAGUGGUGAGCGCGCUAGCUGUCCACCAAAGAGUGCUCUAAAAGCCGGGUCCCCUCUGACGUGUUAGUGUAGAUUCGAGGGCCUAGUGUAAUCGUGGAUGCGUUGUUCUGAAGGCACUGGUAGACAGUCAUGGGUAAUGCUAGCUGCUGAGCGUUUGACCGUCCGUACUUAUUCGUCAUACCAUGUAUGAGCUCCGAAGUGUUUAGUGCAGUCAUGGCGAACGGAGCCUGGCCAAGGGACGUUGAUGGCGUCACCUAACUGAGAGCUCCAAUCACCCACCGUGGAAUAGGUGACACUAGUUGCUCGUAUUGUCUCGGCAUAGCCAGGCCGCGGUCGGUCGCGGAGGCACCACAACCAAAGUAGUCUAGUCUUCACUGAGCGCGGCGGGCUUAGUCGGUCUAGUCGGUUCGGUAGGUCGCCGCCAGGUGUCGGGGCGGUCUCGCGGACCUCGGCCGGCCUCGGGGGCCGCUGUGUUCAGCGCGGGCUGGACUCUGACCCGACAAACUGAGAUGCUGCCGAGCAAUAGCGCCGUAUGUGCGAGCCGGUGUGAUGGGUGUUUUGGUAAACCUCUGACGGGCCGAAUUGUGUAGCGGUAAUGAUCUCACCCGUGGGCAGCUAACACGGCUCGAGGUCGUCUGUGUUCUGUGUGUGUUCCUGUGCUGGUGUGUGAGGUUUGAGGAGGAAGUCAGGCGAGUGUGCAGUGUCCGUGUACCGUAGCGGGUGGUGCGAGCUCCUGGCACAGAGUCCGGUGGUGUACCGUCCGACGUCUGUCCCGAUCUCUUCCUGUGUUGAAUCGCUAUCCUGCGUCAUUCCAUCCGCUGUUGAAGUAAAGCGGUUCUCCUGUGUAGAUUAUUGCUUCCGAUUAUAUGUGUUUAGUAUCGUGAUGGCCGUUGGGCUUCCCUUAUUCGUUAAGCGGUGCUUCACACCUCUUAAAUUCUUUAUUUGGCAUAUAACAGCUGAAAUUUCAGUAAAGUUUCUUCAACUUUAGCAUCGUCACUUCUCAUGAGUAUAAUCAUAUGGCAGAUAAACUUUUAUAGGCAUUGCGGGCUAACCUGAAGCUGAAAAUAUUUCAUUAAAGCGGAAUCACAGAUAGUUUAUUUCUUUUACAAAAGUAUUUCGGAGUUAAGCCUGGAUACGGCUCCGACACUUUCAAGAUAUACCAAAAUGUUGUGUAAAGUCUUGACGUUGGUAUGGAUUGUUGUCCCUUUUGUGGUUGAGCACGUCUGGAGCUGUUUUACGAAAAGGCAGAGUUCGUAAUUUUGAGUCAUCCAAGUCUUGUAAUGAACUAUUCACUUGUGUAAGCGUCUGUUAAGGUAGGGGUAGGCACUCUUAUUAUUUUGUCCCUUCUUGUAGGUACUCGAAGUGACUACUGUAUGCCUGUACGUAUAAAAUACUUCCGUCCAAAGACCGUUGACUGGAUAUUGUCCCUAAGGAACCAUACGUAACCUUCCAUACUUCUGGAGACUGCGUUUUGUCCGCGAACCACGCUGCUCCUUUUCCCGAAGCAUUUGGUAACUCCAUGUGUUUAUUUAUCUUGAUCGGACGUGUGUGCAAUUGCAUACGUUGAUUGCAGUUCAAUGAUUGUUACUAUGGUCAUGUUCGAGCAGCUUAGAGCACCGUAGGGCAGUAGGUAUGUCUGUGCUGACAUUCCAGUUUUGUGUUCCGAUUAUUUGAUAUAUUAUUUGAUCCGAUUAUGAUUCUCAUCAGAAGUAUAUUUUACUAUUCAUCGAAGUAUGUAGAUUACUUAUUAUCCUCGAAAUAUUAGUCUUCCCACCAUUUUACUCACUCCUUUUAGCACUUCCGAGGUAGUCACGAUCCGGUAUUGUUUGGCAUGCACUGAGUAGCAUGGGUGAUAAGUUGCCAAAUUAUAUUAUCAACUGCACGUGACUUUGUAGGCGGACUGUGUUUGAGAUGUGUGUACAAUGUGGCUUGUAUCAUGUUCAUCGUAUGUGCAGAGGAAGAUUGAAAUGUAUUUUUGUCUCGUUUGUUACUUGUAAGUCAAUGCGUCACUCUCCACAAUAUAUGCUCUUAGUGAAAAGAGAAA